AAGAAGGCUGUUGCUUUAAACAAGAAUGUGUUCAUUUUUAAGAGAGAGGGGGAGGCUCUGAGCUCAAUUUGUCUGCUUACUGAAACACUGCUAGAGGAUUUUUCAUCAUUUAAAAGCACCAAGGAGGGGGAGAGAGAGAGGGAGUGAGAGAGAGAGGGAGAGAGGUGCAGUUGAGAGAGACAGCCUCUUAGAGCUGUGAGGCAGAAGUGAUGGAUUCAGCCCACAGAAAAGUGACAGUCUUCUACUAACGGGCCACAGACAGUACACAACCUGCCCUGGACUCUCACCAUUUAUCAGGAAACUACCUCCACCAUCCAACUAAAGUUACCAGGUGUCUCUUGAAAGUGUUCCAACUUUUUCAAGUGGAUUUUGGAACAAUCUACUCAAUGUCUGCUGAAGAGUUUCUGGCAAGUUAAGCUUCUGUUGGGCUAAUGACGGUCUUUUAAUAAUAGGCUUUAAAAACACCACUACCUCUCCACUGCUGGAAUGGACUAAGGUGACAAAGAGUGAGUAACUAGACGGGCAGAGGGCAGAAAGUGGGAGAGGAGGACGCACGGGUGCAGCUUUCACACUUGGGAUGACUUUCUACCAGGAGAAACUUCAAUCAGCUCUGCCAGGAGGGCAAGGCAACUGAGGGAGCCUCAUCAAUACGCUACAGUUAUCUCGCUUUGGUGAGUUGGACACAAACUCAUGGAUCCCCCUUCAAUGGUCCUGCUGGGUCUCCUUCUUGUUAAUGGACUAGCUUAUGGUGUCCAGCAGACUCAGGGGAGUCCGUCGGAGAGCAGCCAUGGCAGGGACAGGACCCAAGAAUUUGAGAGUAGUGAGGAUGGUCUAGGAAGAGAGUUUCUCUAUGCUGGAAGGAGCAAACGUGCUCCAGCUGACCAGCUGCAGGACAAGUGCUCCUACACUUUCAUUGUGCCUCAACAGAAAGUGACCGGAGCCAUCUGUGUCAACUCCAAGGAGCCGGAGGCCAUGCUGGAGAAUCGGGUCAACAAACAGGAGUUAGAGCUGCUAAAUGUGGAGCUACAGAAACAGAAGAGGCAGAUUGAGACCCUGCAGCAAUUGGUAGAGGUGGACGGAGGUAUUGUCAACGAGGUCAAGCUUCUGAGGAAGGAGAGCCGAAACAUGAACUCCAGAGUCACUCAGCUAUACAUGCAGCUGCUCCAUGAGAUCAUCAGGAAGAGAGACAAUGCCCUAGAAUUGGCUCAGAUGGAGAACAAGAUCUUGAACCAAACUUCUGAGAUGCAACAGCUCACCAGUCGAUACAAAGAUCUCGAGCACAAGUACCAGCACUUGGCUUCUUUGGCCACUAACCAAUCAACUCUUAUUGUCCUAUUGGAGGAGCAGUGCCAGAGUCGCCCUCCCCCUCGUCAUGUGCCCGUCCCCCAGCCACGGCCUCAGCCACCUCCACCAUCACCACCUCUCAACAAGCCUUACCAGCCACCUGUCCUUCCACGAAUUACCAACCCAAUCAGCAAUGAGAUCCAGAGUGACCAGAAAUCUCUACCACCUCUUCUUCCAACGAUGCCCACUGGCACACACAGCCCCUCCACGACUGACAAGCCCUCUGGUCCAUUUAAGGAUUGUCUCCAGGCUCUGGAAGAUGGCCACACUGCCAGCGGCAUGUACCUGGUGAAGCCAGAGAAUGCCAACCGGCUUAUGCAGGUGUGGUGUGACCAGAGACAUGACCCAGGUGGCUGGACCGUGAUCCAGAGGAGGGUGGACGGCUCUGUCAACUUUUUCAGGAACUGGGAGACAUACAAGCAAGGUUUUGGCAAUAUUGAUGGCGAGUACUGGCUUGGUCUGGAGAACAUCUACUGGCUGACUAACCAGGGAAACUACAAACUACUGGUCACGCUGGAGGACUGGUCUGGCAGGAAGGUGUUUGCAGAGUAUGCCAGCUUCAGAGUGGAGCCUGAGGCUGACUUCUACAAACUAAGGGUGGGACGUUACCAUGGCAACGCUGGAGACUCCCUCACCUGGCAUAACGGCAAACAGUUCACAACACUGGACAGAGACCAUGAUGCAUAUACAGGCAAUUGUGCCCAUUACCAGAAGGGAGGCUGGUGGUACAACUCUUGUGCCCAUUCAAAUUUGAAUGGAGUUUGGUACAGAGGAGGACACUACCGCAGCCGUUACCAAGAUGGAGUCUACUGGGCUGAGUUCAGAGGAGGAGCCUAUUCAUUAAAGAAAGUGGUCAUGAUGAUCCGUCCAAACCCAAACACCUUCCACUAAGCAUUCAAGGAACACAUUCCGUACUGUAUCUCUCAUUAAACAAAAACCUUUACAGCUCCUAAAAUCCAUGCAAACUUUAUCUUUUUUGUUUAAUGGAGUGGCACCAGACCAAGACAGAUGAUGUUGAAAGUGCAAUAUCAAAACAUUAGACCAAUAUACUGGUACCUCCUGACAAUUCAAAGAAUAUAUUCAAUUGUCUGUACCUUUUACCUUUUACAUAUGAAGUAAAGAUGUGUUAAUUGCUCAGGAGUUCUUUUAAAUACACUGUCUUUGAUAAAAACAAAAACCCUGCUUAGUUAUCAGUAAUCUCAUUUGAUCUGAAUGAGAAAGACAAUAUGAACCUAAUUUGACAUGAAAAGAACAGAUCACAAUAAUUCAGUUAAGUAGCUUUGAGAUACAAACCCAACAAUAUAUAUUUAGUAUGUAUGUAAAGUUUUUUUUUUUGCAGUAACAAGCAAAUGAGGUUGACACAGGAAACGUAUCCAGUGACUUUUAAUUUCAUUCUAAAUACAUUUUUAAAAUGUGUAAUUUAUAUGAAUGGUAACAUUUAUUGACUUGUAAUACAGGGUUGAUAUUCUGGCCAGUUUUGUCAAUUACAAUAAAAUAUGCUAUAAAAAUGGUGCCAUUUUCUGUUCUAACAUAAAACCAAAACUUUUAAUACCAAUACCUCACAUUAUUAAUGGUCUGUUUAUGCAACAUUUAAUAGAUAAGAACAAAAAUCAACUCACCACCAAAAUUUGAGGAGGUACACUCUCUUCAAAGUCCUGCUUUUUUCCUUAAAAAUACUUGUUUUGAAAUCUUGAAUUGCUUGAACAGGCAUCCACCAAUUUGCUUGUAUGAAUCAAGCACUGUAUUUACUGUAUAAAUUGAAUGGUUUGUUGAUGUCAAUAGAUCCAACAUAUUGCGUUUGUACAUAAAAGACAUUUGUAAUAUAAUGUAUUAAAACAUGUUAUGUCACUAUUAAGUUGCAAUAAAAUAUGUACAGCUUG